AUGGCAGUUCUUAAAUCUAUUAUUACAGCUUUUAUUACAUUGGCAGUGUAUUCCUCACUAGUAUCAGCUGCGCCAGAAGGAACAUUCAACACAACUCGAAACGCCGUUGCUACAUUUACCAAAGGAGUAAAUGGAACUAUUACGUUUCAAGGAUAUUAUGAUGAAAAGACAAAAAAGGAAAGCACUUUAAUCACAGUUGACAUUCAAAGUGGUCUGGAUAUCCCUGCUGAGGGAUAUCCAUAUCAUGUUCACGUAAAACCAAUUACUGGUGAUAAUUGUACUACAGCUGGUGGACAUUUGGACCCAAAGAAUAUAACCGACUUAUUUGUUUGUAAACCACCAAAUCUCGCCGAAUGUCAACCAGGAGACUUGAGUGGUAAAUAUGGUAAACUAAUAGCUGAUAAUGGCAAGAAUAAAACUACUGCAGUCGAUGAAUAUCUUUCUUGGACGAAUCCAGAUUACACACUAUUAAACCGUUCAGUCGUAAUUCAUUACCCAAACAGUGAGUUUUUUUAA